UGCCUAAGCAGAAAGAGAGACAGGCUCCUUACCCACACAAUACUUUGAUUGACUUCGCAAGCAAUUCAGAAAUUACCUCCAACGGACAUCGACGGGAAAGCAUAGUAGAAAAAAAUGGUUGCAAUGGAGCCACGAUCUGAUGAGGUACUGCACCUCCAAGCAGAACUGGAUGCAGCCUACGAUAUUAUCAGUGAGAUGGACUUUGAUCUGGACGAUGUCGAUAUAUUGAAAAUUCAAAACCAAUGGCUGCGCGAUGAACUGAAAGAAUUGAAAGAAAAAUCAGGAUGGGAAGAUCUUGGAGAUGUAUCACACAGAAACAUAGGGGAGCGGCAAUCUGAUCGACAUAAGCGUCGCAGAUAUAGACUGAAUGUGGCCCGCGGCAUGCAUGGACAGAGUCUGAAAAAUCUAGCACUAGAGCGACGAUAUGGACGGCAAUGGGAUGGAUCGGUUAUAGGGGAACUACUCCGAUGCUGCAGGGCGGGAGCGGCUGAGAAUUGAAUUUUUAUAUUAUUUACUAUGCACAUUCGCACAAUUAUAGACAUUCGACAG